AUGCCCACACCGCAAGUGUUGCCUCUGCAGAGGAUUCAAUUGAGGACACCCAAGCCACCCGUGUAUGUACGAACUGGGGCAGACACGGAUUUGGUGGAAGCGGCGGCUAAAGGAGAUGUUGAAGCCGUUAAGAAAAACCUUAGCCAGACAGGUCUGCGGACAACAAAUAGCUCGACGGCAUUGAUGGCUGCAGCGAUGUUCAACCAAUCCGAGGUAGUAAAGGUGCUGCGUGAGCAUGAGGCGAGGCUCGUAGAUUCCUUUGGACGCACGGCUUUAAUGAUAUCUGCAAUGCUUGGUCACGCAGAUUGUGUUGAUCUACUUGUUGACGCGGAGGGGAAAAUGAAAGACACAGAAGGGUGGACAGCUCUUAUGUACGCUUGUGCGCAUGAUAUGUGCCCAACAGACAAGCUAGUGGAGGUAGAGGCCACGCUGUGUGACAACAAAGGCUCUACUGCCUUGCAGCACGCAAUUUCACGCAAGAAUGUACACGCAGUUAACAAGCUAGCUGACCGAGAGAUGCCUCUGGAGGGCAUUACCCCUCUUAUGAGUGCUGCUGCUGCCAAUGCGACGUCUCAAGUGGCCGAGUGCAUCGCGCGGGACUCUGGAAAGUCUGAUAGCAACGGUGUCACCGCUCUGAUGUAUGCAGCCUCAGCUGGCUCGGAGGAAUGUGUUCGGCUCCUUCUGCAAGACGGGAAGGAGGCGCGCAUGCAAGACAAGGAAGGCUACACUGCACUCAUCCGGGCGACCAUGCGCAACAAUGUCAAGUGCGUGAGGCUGCUCGCAGAGCAUGAGGCAUGCAUUUUGGACUCCGGGGGUUGGUGUGCGCUGGCAUAUGCUAUCUAUGCGGAAUUCACAGAUUGCAUCAAGAUCCUUCUUCCCUUAGAGUACACUAUAAGGGACAAAGGUAAGUACUCGAUCCGGAACCUUGCAAAGCGCAUUAGAGACGAUGAAACCCGUGCCCUUUUAGCUGGCGAUGGCCUUCAAUACCUUAUUUCCAUUCAAUAUAAAGAUAAGGAGGAUGUACUAGGAGUAUGCACCAUUUGUCUCUCUGAUCUUUGCAUUAUGACGUGUAUUCCUUGUGGUCACAGAUGUGCAUGUAUUGCGUGCUCAGAAAAGCUAGUGGACUUGAAUCGUCGCAACUGCCCCAUGUGCAGAGCACACAUUGAGGAGUGGAAGGUUGAUCUAGAAGAGUUUAGCCAAAUGCAGGACCAAACAUAG